GUUACAAGGAACCAAAGAGGAGGUUAAUACAUUCAUCAUGGGGCCUCGCCGGAAAUCUGUCAAGCCAUGCAGAACCAGUAUGGAUGGCACAGAAAAUAUUAAAGCUGGAGACCCUAAAGAUUACAUGAACCAGCUGUCUCAUGAAGUACUUUGUCACAUUUUCAAGUACCUGCCCUUGCAGGACAUUAUGUGCAUGGAAUGCCUGUCUCGCAAGUUAAAAGAAGCUGUGACGCUGUACUUGCGUGUUGUGAAGAUGGUGGAUCUUUGUGCUGGUCGAUGGUGGGAAUAUAUGCCCACAGGUUUUACAGAUUCCAGUUUUCUAAAGUUACUUAAGAAGAUGCCAGACAUUGAGCAGCUUUAUGGCCUUCACCCAAGGUACUUGGAAAGACGCAGGGUUCGGGGCCAUGAGGCCUUCAGCAUUCCUGGUGUGUUAGAAGCUUUGCAGUCCUGCCCAAACCUCCUGGGUGUAGAGACAUCUCACUUGGAACUUGUAGAAGCUAUAUGGACUUACAUGCCACAGGUGCAUAUUUUGGGUAAAUUCCGAAAUCGCAAUGGAGCUUUUCCCAUCCCUCCAGAAAAUAAACUGAAAAUUCCGGUUGCUGCCAAAAUCCAAACGCUGCACUUAGUUGGAGUGAACGUACCAGAAAUUCCAUGUAUCCCCAUGCUUCGUCAUCUAUAUUUAAAGUGGGUACGUCUGACCAAACCUCAACCUUUUAAAGACUUCCUCUGCAUCAGUCUACGUACCUUUGUGAUGCGGAAUUGUGCAGGUCCCACAAAUUCCUUAAAGUAUGUGCCAUUAGUGACCGGCUUGGCAUCUGCUCGCAACUUGGAACAUCUAGAGCUUGUAAGAGUUCCGUUUCUUGGCGGGCUCAUUCAGCAUGUGGUGGAAGACAGCUGGCGUUCUGGUGGGUUUCGGAAUUUACACACCAUUGUAUUGGGAGCAUGUAAGAAUGCUCUGGAAGUAGAUCUUGGCUACCUCAUAAUCACGGCUGCGAGAAGGUUACACGAAGUACGCAUCCAACCUUCCCUGACCAAAGAUGGUGUGUUUUCAGCUUUGAAGAUGGCAGAGCUUGAGUUUCCCCAGUUUGAAACCUUGCACCUAGGAUAUGUGGAUGAAUUUUUGCUGCAAUGUAAGAUGACCAAUGCUGAUCUGAUGAAAUAUGGACUAGCAGAUGUGGCAGAGAAUCCUGGCAUCAUCACAGAUAUUGGAAUGAAGGCUGUUAACGAGGUCUUCUCUUGCAUUAAAUACUUGGUGAUCUACAACUGUCCACAUCUUCAUAAUCCAAGAAACUGGAUCACAGAUCAUUCACGUUGGAGCCGCUUGGUGGAUCUGAGUCUGGUGCGCUGCCAUGCUGUUAAACUAGAAUCCUUCAGUCAAUUUGUUGAGUUGCUGCCAAGCUUGGAAUUCAUCUCACUUGACCAGAUGUUUCGUGAACCUCCAAAGGGCUGUGCACGAGUAGGUCUCAGUGCUGGAACUGGCAUUGGUGUGUCUUCAGCCCUCGUGAGCAACCAGAAUUCCAAUAAUGAAAACGAAAACAACAAUCACCAGAACAACAACAACAACCUAGCACACAACAACAACAACCCUCAACAGCCUGAACCACAACCACCACAAGAUGAGGGAAAUGAUGAGCUGGAAGUAAGACCAGAGCCACCCCCAGAAGAAGAACAAAUUGCUGCAGAAGCUCUACAAGACAUGGAGGAUGUGUUUCAAGAUGAAAUAAGACCGGUUGAUCAAGAAGAUAGAAAUGAGGCCUCUGCUCCCACUCUUGCCAUUAUACCAAUGGAGGUGGAUGAGGAAAGAGCAGGGCCUAGUGGGUUGCAGCCUACUGUCAAAGCUGCACCAAUCACGGUCCACGAUUCAGACAGUGAGUAUGAGGAUGACAUUGUUAUUAACUCCAGCAGCAAUAAUGCUUCACUGAGUUAUCCCACUGAGGAAGAUAAAAGCAGCCCAUCGGCAGAACCCAAAGAUAACACAGCCGUAAGCGGGAAAGGAAAAGCUCCCCUGCGCAAGAAGUGCAGUUCUGGGGCCAAAGCUACUGCAGAGCAGAUUGUGCUAAGUGAAGAAACCAGUUGUGAAAAGGGAUGUCAGGUAACCAGCGAGCAGAUAAAAGCUGAUAUGAAGGCUGCUAGUGACCAACCUGAGAGAAGCAAAGGCAAAGACUGCUCUGCUGAAGUGGGUACUUCAAAUGGAGUUCUAAAUGCCUGUAAUUCUGCCUCUGAAAGCUCAGACAGCGGUCAGCCAUCAAAUGGCAAGGUUGAUGUCCAGGAGGAUGUAAAUCUGUGUGCUUGUAAUAGGGAAAAUGACUCUGAUCCAAGUUUAAUGCAGGGGAGAGAAUCUGGAGCUGUUUGUUGUCACUGCUCCAGCAAUGUCACCCCAAAUCACAGACGGCAGGGCAGGACUUCUGGAAGCUGUGAGGGGCAGCAGCCGUCCACUAGUCAGUCCUCCCCAUCAAGUGGCCCAGAAUAUGCACUAAGGACUCCACAAAGUGGCAGUCAUAGGACUAAUACAAGAAUAGGAAACGAUCCAAGUGCAUCACCCGCCUGCUGUCAUACAGUGAAUGAAGGCCAUAGCUCACAAAGGCCUCUAACAAGAGCACGGACACGGCUUUCUCAAGUGCCUCUGGUGUCGGAUGGUGAGUCCACAGCCUUAAAAAACAGGAAAGCCGUGAAGAGGAAACGCACUGCGGAUAAGUCCACAAGCACAAGUGACCCAGUCAUUGAGGAUGACCAUGUCCAGAUUUUGAACCUCAAAUCGAAGAAUCUUGUAGGCAUAACACUGACCAAUUGUGGCAUCACAGACUUGGUUCUUAAAGACUGUCCCAAAAUGAUGUUCAUCCAUGCUACUAGAUGCCGUGUACUGAAGCACUUAAAAAUUGAGAAUGCCCCUAUUGUGAAUCGCUUUGAUUAUGCUCAAUGUAAAAAGCUGAAUAUGGAGCAAGUGUUGGACCAGAUUCUUAGAAUGCCCCCAGAGAGAAACCGAAUUAUAUACCUGCGUCCUAUGCAACAGGUAGACACAUUAACAUUGGAAAGAAAGAUGUUUAGUGGACCAUAUCCAUAUCACAUUUGCAUCAUCCAUGAAUUUAGCAAUCCACCCAACGUUAGAAAUAAGGUUCGUGUCCGAAGCUGGAUGGACACUAUAGCAAAUAUUAAUCAAGAGCUCAUCAAAUAUGAAUUCUUUCCUGAAGCCACUCGGACUGAGGAGGAGGUGAAGAAAUAUACAAAGUACCCCUGGGGUCGAGACAUUUACACGUUGGAAGGUGUUGUAGAUGGUGCGCCAUAUUCCAUGAUCACAGAUUUCCCAUGGCUGCGCUCACUGAGAACUGCAGAGCCAAACAGCUAUGCCAGAUAUGACUUUGAAGAUGAUGAAAAGACUACUAUUUAUGCACCACGGAGGAAAGGGCAGCUUUCAGCCGACAUCUGCAUGGAGACAAUUGGAGAAGAGAUCUCUGAGCUGCGGCAGAUGAAAAGGGGUGUGUUCCAACGAGUGGUGGCCAUAUUUAUUCAUUACUGUGAUGUCAAUGGAGAACCUGUGGAAGAUGACUACAUAUAAAAGAAGCCUGCAGUUCUUCGCAUCUACUGUUCUUCCCCUCUAACAACUUGAGAUGGAGGAAUAAUGAACAUGGUAUGCAACGGACUGGGACAGAGAGCAAGCCUUGUGACUGGAAAUUUCUUAGCUGUUCCUUUUUGGUUAGGCCAGCAGACGGUAUACGAGAAGCCCAACACGAACAUCUGUGUGUGCGAAAUGUGCUUUCUGACAUUAAGUCUUCCUGUAAUAUCUAAAGCAUAGAAGUAAUAUAUUUUUAUUCUGUAGAACGAGAGUGCAGCUUCAUUGUGAAGUCUUUUAAAUGGUUUUGGAAGCCUGGUUCCACCAACUGAAGCAGAGCCUGCUAGGCUUAAUUUUCUGAUACAUCUGCCACUUUGGCAUUUGGCUGCCAUCUUGUCGGUAAACAGAUAUCAAUGUGCUAGUUGAUAUUGACAUUUUAUACAUAUAUCCAAACAAUGUAAUUUGUUUACUUUGGUUAGAUCAUAUUUUCUAAGACAUGUUG